AUGAGUUCGACACAAAUUAGCCGGGAUGUGUUUAAAUGGCCAAGAUUAUUCUUGUAUAAACCGACGCAGAUUAGAGAAUAUGUGAAGAGGGUUGAUGAGAUGGGCAUUGACAGGAAGUCUAAGAUGUUUCUUCCUGCGAUUAAGGCUAUUAGUUCGAUGACUAAAGAGAAAUGGGAGUUGAAAUUGGAGGUCUUUAAGAGUUUGGGAUUUUCCGAAUAUGAUAUUCUUUCCGUUUUUAGGAGGGCGCCUCUGGUGUUUGCUCUGUCAGAGAGGAAAAUUAAGGCGAAAACACAGCUUUUGCUUAGCACGGGCAAAUGUGAUAUCUCAUAUGUUAUUAAUAACCCCUUCUUACUUACUCUCAGUGUUGAGAAUAGGCUUAAGCCACGGCUAAGAGUUCUGGAGGUUUUGGAAAGCAGGAAUUUGCUUCUUAAAAAGCCGAGUUUGGCAACUGUAUGCCCCCUCACUGAUAAGAGUUUCUUUCAGAAAUAUGUACUCCCUUAUUCAGAUGAAGUUGGUGAAUUCUUUGUGUUUAAGGCAGCCUCAUAG